AAUUAGCGCGCGCAUCGCGUAGAGGCGGAAGCGGUGAGAGUAGAUUAAAGUCACAACCCCAUCAUGUCUAAGAGAAAGGAGUUUCUGGAGUCUGUCCAUCCGGACCGAGUGCAGGAUUUCCUGCACUUUAUUAAACUACACAAAGAUGCGUCGGAGCCGUUCGAUGUGUGUGAGGUAAUUCAGGAGCUGCAGGUGAAGCAGCGUGUGGAGCUGUGGGGCAGGACGGCGGGGUUACUGACACACACACUGCAGUCCUACCCCUCAGAGCGCUGGAUCAGCCGACUGGACCACGAGUCAGACGCAGACGACAUGGAGGUGGAGCCGAGCGCAGAGCUGAAACACACCAUGGCGGUGCUGGAUGCUGUGACACUGGUGUGUACAGUGUGUGUAGAGGUGAUCCAGAGUGGAGACGUGUACACCGAGCUCCUGAACUGCGCUCUCAUGCUCAACAGUGUGGAGAGCCUCCUGCCCGUGUCGGAGGUGCCGCUCCAGAAGGCCAUGCAUUGGCUGUUUGAGUGCUGGUGGAGGCGGGGCUUAGAGGGGAGGGAGGAACUCGGCUGGACCGCCUUCGUCUCGUGUCUGGAGAACACGGUCACGCUCAAGAAAACGAUGAGUGAGCUGAACCGUCUGCACUCCCUGCGUGAGGUUCUGCUCAGUGUGGAGUUUGACUCAGAGCGGGGUCAGUACAUCACCGACCUCCUGCUGCAGUGCUUCAUCAGCACCAACCACAUCAAACGAGAGGAGGGGAAGCGUUUCCUGGCGUUCCUGUUCGGGUGGGACGUGGGGUUUAUCAGGAUGAUCCACGACACCAUCAAGAACCAGCUGCAGUUUCUGUCCAAAGCCUUGACGGAGGACGUGGCGGACAUCUAUUUCCGGGCGUGGCGGAAGGCGAGUCCCCCGUUCCUGCAGGAGAUCGAGUCCACCUGUAUACAGGACCUGAUGCAGCACGCCGUCCUCCUGCACCGGACAUCACCUGUACUGUCCCGUGUCCGCCAGAUCCUGGCGUAUGUCCAUAAACAGAAGUUCCGUCAGGGUGUGGACGAGAUGCUGCACCGUCUCUACCUGCCCGUCCUCUGGAAGGCCCUGAAGGCAGUGAACGCGGAGGUGCGAGCGAACGCCACCCUGCUGUUCACUGAGGCGUUCCCCGUACACGACCCCAGCAUGAGCAGCGACCGCGUGGACGAGAUGGUGCAGAGACAACUCGACACGCUCUUCUCCCUGCUGGAGGACGUGAGCCCGUUGGUGCGGUGUGCGGCAGUGUUAGGAGCGUGCUCAGUGGUGUCUCGCUGCUGGGAGCUCCUCCCCUCCUCCAUCAUCACAGACCUGCUGAAGAAACUCCUGGACCUCGCCUCGGACACGUCCAGUCCUGACUGUCGCUGCGCUGUCUUCAUGUGCAUGUCGAUGAUCCUGGAUAACAAUAUGAGUCACCCUCUGAUGGAGAAGCUUCUCCCGGCGCUGAAGCUGAGUCUCCACGACACCUCUGAGAAAGUGCGCGUGGCCUUCGUCGACCUGCUGCUCAAGAUCAAAGCCGUCCGUGCAGCCAAGUUCUGGAAGGUGUGUUCGAUGGAGCACCUGCUGGUGCGUCUGGAGCUGGACUCGGCGUGUGUGUCGAAGCGGAUCGUCAGCCUCCUGUUCAGCUCCUUCUUCCCCCUGACUCAGCCCGAGGCCGUCUGGUGCGAGCGCUGCGUCUCCAUCAUACAGAUGAACCCCGGCGCCGCCCGCAAGUUCUACCGCUACGCCUACAUGUACACCGCGCCCACCAACAUCGUGAAACUGAUGCUGAUGAUCCGGAAGUGUUUAAACGCCUGCAUCCAGAAGACGGGAGAAAACCCAGACGAGUCCGUCUGCAGCAACAAGGAGAACAACUCGGUGCUGGAGGACGUGCUGACGGUGAAGGACACGGCGGUCAUGGCCAGUCUCCUGGAGCUGGUGGUGAUCCUGUGGAGGAGCGUCCAAAAAUCACUGCAGUCCAACCAGGAGGCCCUGCACUACACCACCGCCAAGUUCGCCUCCGUCCUCCCCGAGUACCUCCGCGUCUUCCAGGACGAGCGAUGUACAGCCGCACUCAUCCGCUUGGCGUCUUUGCUUCCUGCGUCUGCUGUUCCAGUUCUCCGGAGUAAAGUCUCGGCUCAGUUGCGGAGGUUGAACAGCGGCUCUCCCGUGUCGGUGUACAGUCAGCUGAUCGAGUGUGUGUGUUCCUGGGGUCAGGUGACCCAGGUGUUGGACCUGGCAGUGCAGUGGCUCACCGAGGCCACGCCCCUCAACACGGCGGGUGCGAGUGUGAGUUCCUUACGGCGGGUGCAGUUUGACGAGCCGGAGGCGGAGUCUAAGCCUGAUUUGGGGCUGGACUAUGUGGAGUACCUGCUGUCACGGCCUCACACUCGGGACAGCGUGUUGGGUCUGAGUGUGGAGCAGAUCACACCUCUGAUCACCGCACUCGCUGCCUGGAAGGCGGUGCUGUACUCCUCCCUGAGUGAAGGCGACGUCACCCAGUCGGUCACAGAGACGGCGCUCAGAGCGUUCAGCGUACACACACGUCUUACUCUGCACCUCCAACACAGACACCCGGAGGGGCGGAGCUUCCUGACCGCGCUGGAGGAGUGCAUGACCUGGGUGGAGAAGAGGGCGCUGCCGUUCCUGGUUGCCCCUGGCGACAGUGUGUCUGAGGAGCAGCAGGGUCUGAGCAGGAGGGUCGUGGAGAUGUGUCUUCGCGCGUGUAGGGACGCGGUGCAGGUGGCUUUAGGGGACAGCGACUUUAGCGACCACGUGCUGCAGCUCUGCUCCUACGUGUUGUUGUCGGAGAGAGGCUACGAGUGUGUCCCGGUCCUGCUGUCCCUGCUGGCCGAGGUGGCUCAGGACUGCGUUUCCCAUCAUGCCGAGGGACAGGAGGAGCAGGUCUCCGUCACCCUGCGCAUCGUCGCCAACAUUUUCCAGAAGAUCCUGGAGGUCGUGGCACACCGUCUGCGCAAAGACACCAAGGAGGGACAGGAGCUGUGCUGCUCCUCCGGAGACGGCCUGCACAACUUCCUGCUGGUGACUCAGUUGGUGUCUGAGAGGUCAGAGUUCAUGACCGGGAUCUUCUCCUCUCUGUGCGCCGCCAUCAUCAUCGACAUCAGCAGAACUCUGCAGAAGAUUUCUAAUCCUGAGGAGUCGUCGACUCCGGAGACGGUAACAGAUCUGCCCCCUCUCUCGAGCACCAUCGUGUCCGCCGUCCUUAAAUCACCCGCGGUGACCAGGUGCUUCCUGUCUGAGAUGAGCUCGACGGUCGACUCGGAGGCCAUCGACAGCAUCGGCGGACUCGCGGCCGUCACACACGUCCUGUCCGUCAUCAAGAGGACGACGGAAAAGUUCAGCGCUGAUCUGAAGGGAAUCAGUGUGUCGGUGCACCGACAGAUCCUGCAGCGCUACGGGGUCAUGGAGGACGAGUCCAUACACAGGUUCAUCUACAAUAACGCAGUGGAGUCACUGAACGAGCUCCUGAUGCCCUGA